ACGUAAAGGCGAGUUGCUGGAGCUGCUUCCCUGCGCGUCGCUGCAGACCGAGCACAGCCGGCAAUGGGGGGCUCGCAAAGUGUGGAAAUACCCGGCGGAGGCAGCGAGGGAUACCAUGUCCUCCGAAUUGUAAAUUCACACUGCGUUUGGUUUGAAUAUUGGAAUUGCAAGCAAAUGCUGGCAGUUGGGUUCUUCAGUCUUUCUCUGACAUUCAGUUCAAGAAAAUUCCCCAGGCCACAGAGCUGGAUUGGAGCCUUUUUUUGAUUUUGUUGUUUCCAUUGGCAAUACUCGAUUGAAUCAAGAUAAUGAUACCCUCAAAGAUCUUUUAAAGACUAAUGUGGAAAAACCAAUUAAAAUAGUUGUCUACAGCAGUAAGACACUCAAAUUGAGAGAAACAACAGUCACUCCGAGCAACAUGUGGGGAGGUCAAGGCUUGCUUGGAGUUAGCAUUCGUUUCUGCAGUUUCGAGGGAGCUAAUGAAAACGUCUGGCAUGUAUUGGAAGUUGAGCCAAAUUCUCCAGCUGCAUUAGCUGGUCUUCGACCUCAUACAGACUAUAUAAUUGGAGCAGACACCGUCAUGAAUGAGUCCGAAGAUCUCUUCUCUCUGAUAGAGACUCAUGAAGGGAAAGCUUUGAAACUAUACGUCUACAACACAGACACAGACAACUGCCGGGAAGUUGUUAUCACACCUAAUACUACCUGGGGUGGUGAAGGCAGCUUAGGGUGUGGGAUUGGAUAUGGCUACUUGCAUCGAAUUCCAACCCGUCCAUUUGCAGAGGGUAAAAAAAUAAGUCUUCCAGGACCAGGUGCUUCAGUCAGUCCAUUAAAAGAUGGCUUCACAGAGGUUCAGCUAUCUGCUGUUUCCUCAGCAACUGCUACGAACACCAACUUACAGCAGGGUCUAUCUGGACUAUCACUUGGUACAUCUCCUGUUAACAGUGUUCUUAAUACUGGUGUUCCAACUGUUCCAUUGUUACCUUCAUCUGCAAGUUCAACCUCCAGCACAGUUCCAGCAAGUAUAAAUGUUGAUGCUACUCUAACUAGUCUAAUGCCAUUACCAAGUGGACUGCCUAAUCUACCUAACCUACCAAAUGUGGAUCUCACUCUACAAAACCUUGCUCCAGUGACCUUACCAGGGAUAGGUGUGGUACCUCCACUCACUGGUUAUCCAUCUUCAUCAGCCACUCAGUUGCCACCACUAAAUCUCUCUGGACUGCCCCCUCUGACAAUGCCUACCAUGUAUCCCUCACAAUCACCCAUGACUGGAGGAGUAAAGGCUGGUCUGUCUGAAACAGUUUCGGCCAGCUCUCCAAGAGUAGGUGGGUUUCAAGUUCCUGCCUCUGGACCACCUACUGAACAGACCCCUGCCCUCAUUUUAGAUACUACAACUGUUUCCAUGACAACUGCUGGCAUCCAGGCAGCUGCAUCACCAUAUGCAAGUAAUGAAGAACCAUCAUCCGUUUCCACAGAUGUUCAAUCAUCUUCUGUGUCAUCUUAACUACAAUUUUUUUCAAAAGCAGAAGCUGAUUAAUCUAUUUAUUCAGCUGCAGAAAACUUGUUCUGCAAUUAACAUAUAAAGUGUAGACUGGCAUGAUUGCAUAUGAGCUUUAAACCUUUGUACAUAAUUAUAAGGCUGAGGCAAAUACAUAACCUUUAAUACAAUUGGAUGGUUAACUACAUUGUUUAGCAAUGUGGUACUUUUGAUGUAAAUGGAAAAUAAAUUAUUUUAUCAAGUACGGA